UUUUUUUUUUUUUCCUGAACGUAUGUGCUGCCUGCACGUUUUCCUGCUUCGCGUAUGAUAUUCAGAAAUGUUUAUCCUCCUAUGGGCAAUUAAUGAAAGAACUGUAACUAUUUUAUUGUUUUUCGUUUGUGCUUAAUCUUGGCUGGUUCCACUUACCUGCUGUGAAUGGCACCGUUUGGUUUGUUGCAAUUAAAUGCCCUCGCGAGAAUGUUUGUACUUGGAGUCCUGACUGGCUUCUCAGUUGUCGGUAUGCUGAUUUACGGUUACCUGUCGUGGGAAAACCUCCAUUCCAGGGUACACGACAGGGCAGAAAACGAAAUAGACAAGCCUACCUCUCAACCUCACAUUAUUUUCAUCCUGGCAGAUGACCAGGGAUUCAGAGACGUAGGGUACCAUGGUUCUGAAUUCAAAACCCCCACUAUAGACAGACUAGCUGCUGAAGGGGUUAAGCUGGAGAAUUACUACGUUCAGCCUAUAUGCACGCCAUCAAGAAGUCAGUUCAUUACUGGCAGAUAUCAAAUCCACACUGGCCUUCAGCACUCCAUUAUAAGACCCACUCAGCCUAACUGUUUACCGUUGGAUAAUGUGACGCUACCUCAAAAACUGAAGGAUGUAGGGUACUCCACACAUAUGGUUGGGAAGUGGCACCUGGGGUUUUAUAAAAGAAACUGCAUGCCAACUCAAAGGGGCUUUGACACCUUCUUUGGCUCUCUGUUGGGAAGUGGUGAUUACUACAAACAUUUUAAAUGUGACAGCCCUGGAAUAUGUGGCUAUGACUUGCAUGAGGGUGAGAAUGCAGCUUGGGAGCACGACAACGGGAUCUACUCCACAAUAAUGUACACACAAAAGGUGGUGGACAUUCUAGCAUCUCACAACCCCAGGAAGCCUCUCUUUCUGUACUUGGCUUUCCAGGCAGUGCACUCCCCCCUGCAGGUGCCCAGCAGGUACUUGGAACACUACAAAUCAAUUACCAAUUUGCACAGGAGGAAAUACGCUGCCAUGGUAACCUGCCUAGAUGAAGCUAUCAACAAUGUGACAUUGGCUUUGAAGAAGUAUGGUUACUACGACAACAGCAUAAUUGUGUACUCCUCGGACAAUGGAGGGCAGCCCAUGGCAGGAGGGAGCAAUUGGCCUCUCCGGGGGAGCAAAGGGACGUAUUGGGAAGGAGGCAUUCGUGCGGUGGGGUUUGUGCACAGCCCUCUGUUGCUAAACAAAGGCACCUUGUGUCGGGGUCUUCUGCAUAUUACUGAUUGGUAUCCCACUUUGGUGACGUUGGCUGAAGGCCAGCUUGACGAAGACCUGCUCUUGGAUGGUUACGAUGUGUGGGAGACUAUUAGUGAAGGAAUGCCCUCACCUCGGCUGGACAUCCUACACAACAUUGACCCCAUUUACACCAAGGCCAAAAAUGGGUCCUGGCAAGCCGGCUACGGCAUCUGGAACACUGCCAUCCAGGCAGCCAUCAGGGUUGGGGACUGGAAGCUGCUGACAGGUAUCCCUGGGUACAGCGACUGGGUUCCACCACAAGCCUUCUCUGGACUCAUGACUAACCGCUGGCACAAGGAACGGGUGUCCUGGGACCUGGGUAAGUCUGUCUGGCUCUUCAACAUCACAGCGGACCCCUACGAGCGGGCAGACUUGUCUCGCCGGUACCCUCACAUAGUCAAGCAGCUGCUGCUCAAGCUGGCCAAGUACAACAAGACCGCAGUGCCCGUCAGAUACCCCCCCAAGGACACCAGCAGCAACCCCCAGUUAAAUGGAGGGGUAUGGGGCCCCUGGUAUAAAGAUGAUGAGAGAAAGAACAAUCUUGUCACCAAUCUUCUCAGCAAGAAGAAGCGGGGGAAAAAAAUGAAAACAAAAAAGUUGAGAAAGAAAGUGUGAUAGGCCUGGGUUGCCUUAGCUGAACAUACUGUACUCUUCUCAGGGAAGUUGAAGGCCUCCCAUAACAGUUGCAUAUGAACAAAUAUACAGAUUCAUUGACCUGCAUGUGCACACAAAAUAAACACAGACUUCUUGUUUUGUAAUUGAGGUGCUUCAGUGAACAGGGUUGAGAUUGUGGUAAAUACUUUUAGGAGACAAAAUGUUCCCAGAGAAUGGUGCUUUCUUUCUCUCAGUUUCCUGUUGAAUUUCAGAAACUGGAGAUAUAUUUAAAUUGACAAUGCCUUUUGGGGUAGGAAAUAAAAAUAGUAUAAUAUAUUGUUGACUGACAGACACAUUUUGUUGUUAGGCUAGCUAUGAAGAUACAUUUGUAACUGAAGAGCCUGGUUUCAGUGAACAUAACUGCUGUUGCAAGGUAAAUGAAAAAGAGCUUCCUGUGACUUAGCCUUUGUUAGUACUUUUAUAGUACCAGUUCUUAGGGAUGUGCAAAAAUGCUGAUUUUUGCGGCUAAAAUGUCCUCAUUUUUGCAUUUGAUUAAAAUGAUCUGGAUUAAAAAUGUUACAA